AUGUCUUUAACCUCAAUACAAAGAUACUGUGAUAACAGUGAUAAUGGCCGUUUAGAUCUUGGAGACAUUGAGAAUGGCCAAGGUCAUGCCGCUCGUAGAACAUCAGAUCCAAGAGAACAAUUUGUGGUAUACGAAAACGAGUGUGAGGUCCGCUUUGAACGAGUCCGCUUCCAACGACGCAGUGUGCCAAUAUUAAGCGUCGACGAAUCGACAAGAACUGAACCGGAAGCUACUACUGUCCGACGGAGGUACCGACGUUGCCCAAGACCACCAAGCAACCCCAGGAAACCUAAAAUAGUUCCGGCUAGAUUUCCAACAAACCGACCUGUACCAUCCAACGGAAACUCACAAUCAAUCGCCACAAGUCCAGUUAAUCAAAUUGUUACAAAGAACGGUGGUUUGGAUUUUGGUGAACCACCAAAACUCUGUAACCUAACCCAUCGGUUGACAACACCGUCACCCCCAGUAAACAAGAAGAUCUUGGAAUCCUUUUCUAACGAUAGUGUUGAAGCAACUGGUGAAACCAAUCCACUUGCCAAGUAUUUUUCAACGCGAGGAAAUACAUCAUCUACCUCAAAGGAAGCGGCUACUCCAACACCGUCACCAUCAGUAAACAAGAAGAUCUUGGAAGCCUUUUCCAACGAUCCUGUUGAAGCAACUGGUGUAACCAAUCCACUUGCCAAGUAUUUUUCGACACCAGCUCCGGGAGCUGUUGCGACGCAAGUUAAAACAAUUGUUGAAGUUGAGAAGUUUGUUGAAGCUGAAGCACCAACUUCGACCCUUCCACCAGACGAAUACGUCGUUGAACAAGUUGUUGAAAACUUAGUUCCAGCAGCAGCAGUUGAAGUUGAAGCACCUACUUCGACCCUUCCACCAGACGAAUACGUCGUUGAACAAGUUGUUGAAAACUUAGUUCCAGCAGCAGCAGUUGAAGUUGAAGCACCUACUUCGACCCUUCCACCAGACGAAUACGUCGUUGAACAAGUUGUUGAAAACUUAGUUGCAGCAGCAGCAGUUGAAGUUGAAGCACCUACUUCGACCCUUCCACCAGACGAAUACGUCGUUGAACAAGUUGUUGAAAACUUAGUUGCAGCAGCAGCAGCAGUUGAAGUUCAAGCACCUACUUCGACCCUUCCACCAGACGAAUACGUCGUUGAACAAGUUGUUGAAAACUUAGUUCCAGCAGCAGCAGUUGAAGUUGAAGCACCUACUUCGACCCUUCCACCAGACGAAUACGUCGUUGAACAAGUUGUUGAAAACUUAGUUCCAGCAGCAGCAGUUGAAGUUGAAGCACCUACUUCGACCCUUCCACCAGACGAAUACGUCGUUGAACAAGUUGUUGAAAACUUAGUUGCAGCAGCAGCAGUUGAAGUUGAAGCACCUACUUCGACCCUUCCACCAGACGAAUACGUCGUUGAACAAGUUGUUGAAAACUUAGUUGCAGCAGCAGCAGUUGAAGUUCAAGCACCUACUUCGACCCUUCCACCAGACGAAUACGUCGUUGAACAAGUUGUUGAAAACUUAGUUGCAGCAGCAGCAGCAGUUGAAGUUGAAGCACCUACUUCGACCCUUCCACCAGACGAAUACGUCGUUGAACAAGUUGUUGAAAACUUAGUUGCAGCAGCAGCAGUUGAAGUUCAAGCACCUACUUCGACCCUUCCACCAGACGAAUACGCCGUUGAACAAGUUGUUGAUAACUUAGUUCCAGCACCUCCACCAGACGAAAACAUCUUGAGGUCCGUUGCAAAAGAUUUAGUUAAAGCAGCUAUUGAGACCAGCAAAGAAGAGUUAAUAUCCGAGCAAAUAUCGCGUUUCGAUUCAUCUGCCUCUCAAGUUAAGAAGUUUGUAGAAGUUCAGGCGUUAUUAUUAAAAACGUCAACUUCGACCGUUCCACCAGACGAAUACAUCUUGAGGGCCGUUGCUAAAGACUUAGUUCAAGCAACUAUUAAAGCAAGUCAGGUGGAUUUAUUCUCCGAAGUAACAUUGUUAGACAGCUCCUCCUCAGAUCAGCCUUGUAAAAAUAAGAUGUCUAACAAUCAACACUCGUCGGCACACGAGUUCUUUGACAGCUUUGGUUCAUCCGAUUCCGGCACUGCACCCUUUCAUCGUGUUGACCACAGUUUCUUUACGCCUAACAAGGAUCAAACAUCGUUCCCGGCCUUGCCACCAACAUCGAAUGCAGCCGAGCAACGUUUCGUAUCGCCAGCGACAAACGCUCAAAAUUUUGAGCCAGCAAAUCUGAGCGCGUAUGCACAUCCACGUCAAAAUGUAGGAGACCACGGCAUGUCGAUGCAAGAACCAUCCUAUGGGGCACAGGAGCGAUAUCCAACAGCUCAGCUCUUUAGUGAAGCUGGUGCUUCAACUACCAAAGAAACACCUCAUGCCAAACAGCUCUCGGAUGCUGAGAACCAUGCAACAUUGACUCCACCAUCUUACGGGUCAAAUUUGCCAGCACAGCCUUCUGCCCAUACUGGAAACGACCUGUUUAACGUGGCGAAAUCAUCUACUCCUGGCGGUGGAAUGUCCCAGUUGUUUUCCGGGCAGCACCAGAAUGAUCCUUUCGAAGGUUUUGGUUCUAGUCAGGAGGAGAGCCGAAGAUUUCCUUCUUUUGUAGCAGGAGAUGGAGUGCCUGGUUUUUCGAUGAACACCGAUGCACAACAUUCUUUUCAGCAUACAGAAGCUUCAGAGAAAGAACCUAAAGUAGGGAAAUGGCCUUUCGACCACAGUGAAUCGGCAGCAUCUCAAUUUGAACCACCUACCAGUCGAGACCAAAACACCUACCAUGCAUCUUCAGCUCAAAACCUGAACGCACCGCCAUCGAGUUCAACUUUUCCUGAUUUCGACCAGAAAAAUUAUUCACUUGGGGACACAGCCACAGUAUCGUCUGAUACAGCUAUGGCAUUCAGUGGUAUUCCUAGACCCAAUACCGUAUUGGGUAACCAGAGUAAGACUUCUGGCGAAACAUUACCAGGCCAAGACGUUGUUGAAACUUACGAUCCAAUUGGAAAACAACCAGUUGAACUUGCCAGCAAUUUAUAUCCUACUGAACACAACGCUUUUCCAGCUGUUCAAUCUACAACUUCUGGCCUAUAUCCACCAGCAAUGGUGAAUGAUGCUAUGGACCAAGCCGCUGGUCCAUCGUCGCAGAGUGUAACGCCGGCUCUCUACCCACCAGGUUUAACAACCAGCAAACCAGUAGGUCAAAGCGGCUCCUUGUACCCACCGGGAAUGGAUCUUGGGGAAUCAAGCAAGUUUCCACCUUCCAAUAUCAAGGGUGAUGUAAAUUCGGCACAUUUGCCUCCGCCAUCUUUAGAGAUGAUGAACACCACCAACAACAAUGUUGGUGAACGUUUUUCUCCUGGGCACAAUCUUUUGCCAGCCACUAAACCUGCCGCUCCAAGUCAAGGGUUCUUUAUGGAAGACGGCCAAAAGUUCUUGGCACAGAAUCAAACUCAUCUAUUUUCACCAGCUGGUGCUGGGACGUCAACAGAGGACCUAGCUGAGAACCAAUCUGCGGCACAGAAUUCCAUUCCAACAUCUUCAUCGUAUGCACCAAUGGCAGGUAAUCCUGGAGAAACCCAGUCGGCACAAAGGAAACUUGCUCCAUCCCUCACGUCUGAUAAUACCGCUAAUUCUGAAGCGUCUCAGCCUGGAUUUUCUAUAAACAACGAGGAAAAUAAUCAGGCUUUACGUUCAGACGUUGUACAACCUGAUACACCGCAGUUGGGACCAAGCAGCAUGGUACCUUUUACUAGUAAAGAACAACUGCCCAAUAACCAUCAAACAGCAUGGCAACCGGCUACUCAGCCAUUUGGUUCGCAGGCAUCAAGCGACGAUGUCAAGGCUGAACCAACUCAGUGGGACGUUAUUGAUCCUCACGGUACUCCACGGAAUACCCAACAAGCAUCGACAUUGCAACAAACAAGUGGACCAGUAAAUGUGGGUGAAAAGUCCAGCGGGAUUUUUUAUACUCACCCAUCGUCAAACGAUCAGUCAGCACAAUUUGGUAACCAUGGUGCUGGCACUAUCGGUUCAGCUAAUCUUGAACCUGGUUUACCCAUCUUAGACACCAUGUCCGCUCGUGACGAUGAAUCUCGUGAUGGUAAUUCACUGUCAGGUCACCAGCAAGUUCUAGCAUUUGGUCACGAGCGAGUGAAUUCACUCAAUACGAGUGAUCCCAAAUUUGAUACACCUCCGGCUAACACAAGCACCAUCAUCUCCAAUGAUGACCUAACAUCGGGGAACCAGCAACCAUACUCCAGUCAACAUUUGGGCGCUUCGGUUACCAUGUUUCCUGUUGGUAUGACACCACAGAACACCAAUAAAGCAACUAUUGCUUCGUCCGAGACCAAAGGGAGGCAACAACUGGAUACCGUCGACCCGAACCAGCAUCCGUCGGCCUUUAUGCCAGUGAAGCCAAACUCCCCGAGCUCCCAAGACUACGAAGAAAGAGUUCGGCACUUAGAAUCUCCGCUUCGUUCUCCAGUACAGCGCGAGAAAAAGGAAGCUUUAAUUCAAAGUGCUAAAAUUCAUACUUCUCUCUGGGACAAUGAUCCUCAAUUGGCCAUACCUGGUCUUAUUGUCCAAACAGGGAAUCGUGGAAAUCAAUUUGUUCCAGUUUCCAGCCAUGACCAACUUAACCGCCGUGGAUUCGACAACAGUUCUCAAAGAGCUAUGAAUGUGCAUGGCCAACCGCCAAGUUCCAGCGGUAUUUCGAUCGACCGUAAUGCCAAAAUAUCGCAGCAACCACAUUCUAAUGUCGCGCCAUCAGAUCUGGGUAUUCCUGGCUUCACACAGAAUCGUAAUCGAUUCAGUGGUACUCCAUCAAAGUUGCCAAAUCCACCUGUGGCCUCCAGCGCCGCUCAGCAAACCCUGUUAGCAGCUGCUUCGCAGAGAAGUGAUUGUGACUCAACAUCCAGUCUUAGUCGCCAAAGUUCACUUGGUGUUUCAAGUUCAAAUCAAGAACUCGCCAGUGGAAACCCUGUUCAUGAUGUGAUCGACAAGCCAUCUAGUCUAAACCGAGGAAAUAUCCAACGGCCUAAUGUCAUUCAAGCGCCUGUAGUCAACAACAUUCCUUCCUCAAACCAGAUUCCUGACCAGCACUUGCAACAGACUGCCCCUACUUCUGGGACCAUGACCGGUCUCCCCCAGAACUCCUUCACGCAUCCUGACGCCAGCCGCUCUGCAGUGCGUACCGGGUUGCCUCAGAGUGAGCAUGCUCGGAUGCGUGAAGGUAGUGGUGGGGGAAUGGUCCCUGAGUAUGGUGGCGCUGAUGGUCAUGUUGGUCAUCCUGUUGCUACCAGUGCUGGUUAUGGUUCUGGCCAGAGUGAAGGUAUGGUUUCCUCGAGUGAACAGCAACAGCAUCAGUUGUUAUACCAACAACAACAAUUGCAGUACAAGCAACAACAGUACGAACAAAUGCUGUUUCAAGAUGAGGUCAGCUCGCAAAAUCAGCACCUGCGAGGAGCACACAUGAACGUACAGCGACAAAGGUCUGAACCGAAUCAGUUUACUCAACAACAUCAUUUGCAACAGCAACAACAGUUGCAACAGCAACAACAGUUGCAACAGCAACAACAGUUGCAGCAGCAACAACAGUUGCAGCAGCAGGCACAGGAGUACCAGCAGAAUAUUCAACAUCAAAAAGUGGAAAGGCAAAUUAGCGGGCAAUACCCACAGCGAGUUAGCAGCAAUGUUAAUCUACAGUAUUCAACCAACGAUACUGAUCAAUGGCAGCAGCAUGGCAACACUGAUACACAGUAUGAAGAUUUUGAUUCAGAGGAGGAAAGCAAUCGAUAUUAUGAUGAGAGCAGAAAGUGGUUCUGGUCUUUCAAGAGGGAACGGUGGAUCCGUGCAGAGAACAGCAGGCGAGAAAGCCAGUAUGAUGAUCAACGAUAUCACAGAUCUGACUCGAGAAGAAGUCGCAAUCGUGAGCGAAGAAGAGAGAGCCAGGGUAGAAGACGAACAGACUACAACGACCGAGCAUAUUAUGAUAAAUAUUAUCGUGAUUCUUAUGAUCGGGAUUACCAUCGCGGGGAGUCUGGCUCUAGCGGGUCCAGUGGUGAUAGUCAGCGGCGUGAUUCUCGUUCAGGACGAUCAUCUCGCGCCGAGUCUCCACGUUCAGUUUCAUCACGGUCGAGCUCGCGGGCUCGACGAAGUAACAACCGUCACUCGAAACGAACGGUCUACGACUAUGAAGAUUCUUAUCGCAGAGGCGAAGACUAUUAUGGUCGAAGUCACCAAUCAUCUCGUAGCUCAAGACGAUUGAGCUCAGGAAGUUACAGCUCAUCCACAUCAAACUCUCUGGGAGACAGCAUCAAGUGGGAUGACCAGAACAAGCAACAACAGAGUCGUGCAAUCACCGCUGAAGAUACGGUUGAACGAGUAAUUACUCCUGAACGACUAACGCCGAAGCAGCAUACGAAACCUCAUAUUGUUGGAGCGUUUUCAACCGCCUCUCGAUUGAGUGUUGCUCCAGCCAGACAAGUCCUUGAUGGUGAGACUGCUGAAGUGUACUUGACUGAUGUCAAGAGCGAAGGUAAAUUCAAUGAGGCGAUGCGCAAUUUCCCUGGACCACUUUGCAGGGGCAAAACCCAUAAACGGGAUGUUGUAAAAUAUGCCAAAGAGAUGGCUAUGAUGGCUUUCAACAACCAAAGCGAUUCUUUUGAAAAACGCGAGGCUGGCUACAUUCUUUGGCAAGUGUUGGCUGUUAUGGUCCAACAAAAUGGGGUGUACCUCAACACCGAUAUUGCCGAGGUUCUAACCUCGGACCUACCCGAGGAUUCUUAUACAAGACGGGAACGUAGUUCUUCCACCUCUCAAAGGGUAUCCUUUGCAGCUGAUGGGCAAGAUCAUUCCAAACAUGAUCAAGUCGCGACAUAUCGAGAGCUUCUUUUGGCUGGCAAAACACAGGAAGCUCUGGAACACGCAGUAAACUCCAAGAUCUGGGGCCACGCCCUGAUGCUAGCAUACCACACUGACCAGAAUGUAUUUUCGAAUAUCAUGGAAAGAUUCAACAGUCAACUCGAUGAGGACGAUUCCUUGUUAUGUUUGUAUCAGCAUCUCGGGUCUAAGCGACCUUCAAUUUUAGAUAAAAAGACAAGGCGAUGGAGAAAACAUUUGGCAAUCAUGAUUUCAAAUCCAUCCAAGUCAACCGCUAAAGAUAGCGAGAAUAUUCAUGCCCUUGGCGCGAGCUUAGAGUCGCGUGGCCUGAUUGAAGCAGCUCAUCUUUGCUACAUAUUAGCAGGAGAAGAAAUUAGUAAACAGAGUGGCACACUGUUACUAGGUUAUUCUUCGAGUGAAAUCCGACCAGAAUUCGUGGAUUUCCUGGCUCUUCAACGCACAGAGAUUUAUGAAUACGCUAUGAGCCUCAAAGAUGAAAAUUUUAUAAUAAAAGAUUUCCAGCCGUGGAAAGAAUUGUACGUCCAUUCAUUGGCAGAUGCCGGAUUCCAUAAUAAAGCAUUUCGUUAUUGCGAGAAAUUGGUAGAUGAUGUCUUGAAGCAUUCAACAUCCUUCACUAAAGAUAUGAUAACGCGACUUCAUGCGUUAUCCAUGAGACUUUACAGACGAGAAUUUAUUGCGCCGUUAUUAGAUAUGAACGGACGCCUACAACAAUUGUUAGAUCUACUCAAGGUAAACAACGAAACCUUAGGGCGCUCGUUCCUCUCUACCAGCAGCUGGCAAACAUUGGCGCAGCAACUACCUGAGCAAUCGCAACUUCCACAGGAAAUGCCGUAUGAGCACACGCAAAACAUUGAUAAUAAAGAAGUUCAGAAUUCCACUACAAUGGUACCUACAAUGUUUGUUCCUCAAACAAAUAGUGACAUAGUCCAGGAACAAGUUUUAUAUCGUGAGGACAACAAAGCUUCUCAGAGUUUCGCUCAAUUCGAGCCCACCGCUGCACCAAGUGGCAACAUGUCCUACACCGGGGAAUUUCCAGCUCAAGAACCAGUACCAUCGCAAGGGAAUUACACCUACGGGGCUGCUCCCAACGAGCAAACUUUUCCACUGGAGAAUUACUCCUAUGAAAAUGUUGCACAAGCAAUUCCGAGCAGCAUAGAGCACGAUGAAACAGGAUUACCAAGUUCUGGCACAAACUUUUACGAAGGGGACUCUUUUGAGCAUUUGUUACGGAAGCAGCCGAGUAAUGCUAGUGUCAACGCAGUCGAAACAAGUGGAAUUUCAGCGCCUGCGACUUCAGAUAAUAGUUUUGAUUACUACGCUCAAUCUAACUUCAGGGAAUCAAAUAUUGCGAAUGGCGCAAAGAAGGAAGAAACUCAAGCCCAGACCAAGGAAGAGAAAAACACUAAGAAAGACGAUAACAAGAAGUCGGAGAAACAGAGUGGCGGAUUAUUUACGUCAUUCGGCGGUUUCUUCAAAUCUUUCAUUCCCAAAGGCAAGAACGAGAUUAUCUUACCUGACGAUAAGAAGAAAACUAUCUAUUGGGACGAAAAAGAAGGAAAGUGGGUGAAUACGGAAGAAGGUGAAGAGGAGAAAGCUGACUUGCCUCCACCACCAAUUGAUCCAUCUUUGAUUGGCGGUGCCCAACCUGUCAUGCCUACCAUCCCAUCAGGAACUGUUGGGCAACCUACACCAACAUCUGGCACAUCGAGUGCAGCUACCAAUUUCUCAAACACACCGCAACUUCCAGCAUUCCAGGCUUCAUCAGCUUCGCAAACUCCUCCAGCGGCAAAAGCUCCACCAAUCAUUCCUGGCGGUUUCACUCCAGAUCAACCAGAAAUAUCGUUGAUUAAUUCACCAUUAUCGACACCUAGCCGAUUUUCGCGUAGAGCUCACAGCUCGAAAGGACGUAAAUCGAACUAUGUUGAUGUCUUGAGUGCCUCAGGGGCAACGACGAAACCUAACGAAACCGCGUCACCGCUCCUUUUCCAACCGUUUCCAGCACCACCAGGGAAUCAGGCACCAAUAGCAAGCAACAUUCUGUCGAAUACUGAAGGAUCACCGAUGCCGCCAGCUAGUCAGAGCAACGGCGUUGACCAGAGCAGUGUAGCCAACAAUACUGUGGAGGAACAGUCGACUAACUCGCAGGAUUUCCAAUCGUCUCCCGCCGUACCGUUUUUCAAUCCAGCUGAUUACGUCUCAACACCUUCGCCAGCGUCCAGUCGGGGCAGAUUGUAUCCAAGAGCAAAAUAAAAAAGCAAAAAAAAA